GGUAGCUGGCUAGCUAGCUAGCUAACAACCAAAUAUGAGUUGUGUGACACAUGGAUCCCAAAAGUCAAUUGGAUCUAACGGUAGGGAGGUAAAUUGUAAUAUAUAAGACAUGCUUCUAGUGUUGACAUCAUCGAGGAGCACAACGCCGCUUUUCAUCCAUUUGUUCUAGUGGUCCCACGCGUAUAAUCGAACGUCUGAGGCUCAGGCUCAUGCUCAUGCUCAUGCUCAUCCUGUACUUCCACGUGUGAAGAACACCGGUUCACCUGUCCCCUCCCUCUGUAUUUUCCACACAAAUCUGGCCAUCGCGGGAAAAGAACAGCUGCAUCCACACAGAAAACACACCAUCAUGAGGAGGUGACAGCAACGGAAGUUCUGCUGGCAUAUUCAGCUGAAACAUAUGGCAAGGAUCAGUUUCUCCUGCCUGCUGCCUGCCUCAUGGCACUUCAGCGUGUCCCUGCUCUCCCUGGGGUGUGGGGCACGACAGAGGGUCUUCUGCCCCAUCUUCCUCACCGGCUUCCUUCUGCUCCUCCUGGGCUUGUACCAGACAGACCACUGGGGCCCGACGUCGAGGGGAGGCCGUGUCAACAAGUACCUGUCUAUCGUUGAGAACAUGGAGGCGACGGAUGUUCUCAACGCCGCACUGAACUAUGGGAUUGUUGUGGAUUGUGGGAGCAGUGGCUCUCGGGUCUUUGUGUACUACUGGCCUCCACACAAUGGCAACCCUCACACCCUCCUGGACAUCCGGCAGAUGAGGGCGCAAGACCGCACCCCUGUGGUCAAAAAGAUUAAGCCAGGUAUAUCCAAGUUGGCCCUCACCCCUGAGAAAGCCAGCGACUACCUCCAGCCCCUCCUGAGCUUUGCAGCAGCUCACAUACCCAAGAAGAAACACCGGGAGACCCCCCUUUACAUCCUGUGCACUGCUGGCAUGAGACUCCUGAGUGAAAGCCAACAGGCUGCCAUCCUGGAGGACCUGGUUACGGACGUGCCGGUGGAGUUUGACUUCCUGUUCCCCAGCUCGCAUGCAGAGGUGAUCUCUGGGAAACAGGAAGGUGUGUACGCGUGGAUCGGAAUCAACUUUGUGCUAGGCCGCUUUGACCACGCAGAAGAGGGGGAAGAGGCAGUGGUCGAAGUCACUACUGGAGGGCAAGACCAGGAGCCAAUCAGCCGGCGGCGCACUGUGGGCAUCAUUGACAUGGGUGGAGCUUCACUGCAGAUAGCCUAUGAAGUGCCCAGUGCCGUUUCAUUCAGCUCACCUGAGCAGGAGGAGGCAGCGAAGACUCUCCUGGCAGAGUUUAACCUGGGCUGCGACGUGGAGCACACGCAGCACGUGUACCGCGUCUACGUCACCACAUUCCUGGGGUUCGGCGGGAACAUGGCACGCCAGCGCUACGAGGAUGACCUAGUCAACGGCACGGUGUCGAAGAACAGGUACGGCGCACAGAAAGUUAACGACAGCACGGUGUUGAAGAACAGGCUAACAGGAGAUAAGAACGGCAUGGGGGAGUCCAGUCCCUACCUGGACCCCUGUCUGCCCAGGGGCCUUUCGGAGACGGUGCAGAGGGACAGCCACACGGUGUUCCUGCGGGGCCAGGGGGACUGGCCCCGGUGCCAGGCCGCGGUGAGGCCCUUCCUGGGCAGGCACAACGGCACGCUGUCCCUGCGGGGGGUGUACCAGGCCCCCAUCGACUUCCACAACAGCGAGUUCUACGGCUUCUCCGAGUUCUACUACUGCACGGAGGACGUGCUACGCAUCGGGGGCCAGUACGACAGCGGCAAAUACGCCAAGGCCGCCACGGAUUACUGCGCUACUGAGUGGUCGAAAUUAAAACAGCGACUGGACGGCAAGCUCUACUCUUCGCAAGCGGACAUCUCCAGACUGAAAUACCAGUGCUUCAAGUCGGCCUGGAUGUACGAGGUGCUGCACUCGGGGUUCCGCUUCCCUCAGGACUACCCCAGCCUGAAGACGGCACAGCUCGUCUACGACAAGGAGGUGCAGUGGACCCUGGGAGCGAUGCUGUUUAAAACACGCUUCAUGCCACUCAGGGGCCGUCAGCAGGAGGCCCUCCGCCAGUCGCACUCCCCCUGGCUGCGCGCCUCCUUCGUGUACAACCACUACCUGUUCUUCGCCUGCAUCCUGGUGGUGCUGCUGGCCAUCCUGCUCUACAUCCUCCGACUCCGGCGCAUCCACCAUAGGGAGCUGCGCCAGGCCGAGGCCCUGGACCUGCUGUGGGCCGAGGAGGGCGAGGUGCUCAUCGCCUGAGAGCGCAGGUACCGCCGGGCCAGGGCCGGGGUGGGCACGGACCGGGGAGAGGAGGAGAAGAGAACGGGAGCAAGCGGACAGAGAGGUGUCAUUCACUCCAACAACGACCUUGAAGCAACCACAAGUUGUUUGUUCUCCGUUGCAGAACAGUGAUUUUUUUAUAUCGGUGCGUCGCUGAUAAUACGUAGUGCGGCUCCUGUUUUUUAGUGCCGUAAAGUCUCCUUUCAUUCUUCUCCGAGACUGUAGAAUGAAGAGUGAAGGGUCGGUGCUAACUAUACCACUAGGAGGAGGUUGAUUUGUUGGCAGUUGGGAACUGCCCGGAAUGGUGGUGUGUGGAGUUGAGUGGAGGGUCCGUGAACUCCUGCGCCCCGCUGUCUACAUGAAAUAUGCGGAGGACGAGCCCUUGACAUUCCCCUGGUGGGAACUGUGGGACCAAUAAACCAAUCAGGGAGAUCCCAGCAGAUGUGAACACGAGGGAGUAAUUGUGCUUUUCUUUCUCGUUUUUCCCUGGCCUGCUGCGGAACCACAAGGCGGGGGAGG